GAAUUACCUGGUGGUUAUGGGCGUGUCAAGCCAGAUAUUGUCACCUAUGGAUCAGGAGUCAGAGGAUCAAGCUUAAAAGGUGGCUGUCGAUCAUUGUCAGGCACAAGUGUGGCAUCUCCUGUAGUUGCUGGAGCUAUAAGCUUGUUACUUAGUGCUGUGAAGCAUCGUGGCAGUGCUAUCAACCCAGCAAGUGUGAAGCAAGCAUUAAUGGCUUCUGCAAGAAGAUUGCCUGGGUUUAAUAUCUUUGAACAAGGACAUGGGAAGCUAGACCUCAUCAAAGCCUAUCAGAUCCUCAACAGUUACAAACCACAAGCAAGCCUCAGCCCUGCAUACAUUGACCUGACAGAGUGUCCCUACAUGUGGCCAUAUUGUACACAACCCAUAUAUUAUGGUGCUAUGCCUAUUAUAGUCAAUGUAACCAUUCUAAAUGGAAUGGGAGUGACUGGCAAAAUCAAGGACAAGCCUGUUUGGCACCCUUAUGAAUCCCAACAUGGAGACAAGAUAGAGUUGGCAUUUACCUACUCCUCUGUGCUGUGGCCCUGGUCAGGGUUUCUAGCGGUGUCAAUCACUGCAUCUAAAGGUGCUGCAACAUGGCAAGGAAUCGCACAAGGACAUAUCACCAUCACAGUCACUUCUCCUCAGGAGUCUGAGACAGAGCCUAGGGUAUCUAUCAUCAAGUUGCCUGUACGAGUAAAAAUCAUCCCCACCCCACCCCGCAGUAAGAGAAUACUAUGGGAUCAAUAUCACAAUCUACGUUAUCCAUCUGGUUAUUUUCCACGUGACAAUCUGAAAAUGAAAAAUGACCCACUAGACUGGAAUGGCGAUCACGUGCACACCAACUUCCGCGACCUCUACAUGMACCUGAGGGAUGCUGGGUAUUUUGUCGAGGUGCUUGGCGCUCCCUAUACGUGCUUUGAUGCAACUCAGUACGGGACCUUGCUAUUAGUAGAUAGCGAGGAAGAGUACUUUCCAGAGGAGAUCGUCAAACUUAAACGAGACAUAAACGAGAGGGGCUUAUCAGUCAUUGUCGUCGCUGACUGGUACAACGUACCGGUCAUGCGUAAGAUUAAAUUCUAUGACGAGAACACGCGUCAGUGGUGGAUGCCCGACACGGGUGGAGCGAAUAUACCUGCCCUUAAUGAGCUGAUGACGUCAUGGGGGAUGGCAUUCAGUGAUCAGGUGUAUGAGGGGGACUUCAUGAUUGGUGAACAUAAAGUGCAUUACUCAUCUGGUACAAGUAUUUCCACAUUCCCCAAGGGUGGUAUAAUCAUCCGCCACAAGCUCAACGAUCAAGGACACGAGGUAGUAAACGGGGAAACCAAGGUUAAAGAGAACGUGCCAAUACUUGGUCUGUAUGACCCUGGUGAGAAAGACCGUGGGAGAAUCGCUCUUUAUGGGGACUCUAAUUGCCUGGAUAACGCACACAUGGAGAAGGAUUGUUUUUGGUUGCUGGACGCGUUAGUGGAUUUUACUGCCACUGGUAACGUGGCUUCUGUACUUAGGGACUCGAAACAAGGCGCAUUGAAGGAGUCAGACACUCUCCCAGAAAGAAUGGAAGGUAACCACCUUCAUAAAUAUUCCAAGGUACUGAAUGGGGCGCAACUAGGAACGGUCCAACCACGCCCUUUACCAGCUUGUCCACAUCUUAUGUGGGCCACGCCCCAACCUGUCAAUCAAACUCUUCCAGCAAGUCUACACAAAGGACAUAGGCUACUUUCCAUAGAUUUAGAACAACUUCCAGUGCUCGUGCCUCGUCGUGUUAACCGGUUAGCCGUGUACCCAGGUAGUUCUGACGAUGAACAAGAACCUCUCACUGGGACACAUCUAACAGUUCUGUACACUUUCCCCUUCUACCUGGCAUUACUGUCUGCGCUAGUGUUAGUGUACUGUGCCGUGUUGACAUGUCGUGUGCGAGGAAAACCCAAGACAACAAAGAAAACAAGCACUAAAUCUAAAUCACCGAAGCCUUCGGGCUCAAGAACGAAGUUCCCAUUUGUGUAGUGGAAGAAUGGAAAUUGAAAUGAAAAACAUAGGAAAGAAGUUGUUGGUCUCAUUAGAUCAAGUCAAAUUACAGAUCAAGCUGCUGGGACAUUCUUUCUGUCAGGCGUGUUGUUCAACAGCUUUCAGGCACGAAUACGCAACAGACGUGAGCGUACCUGCAUGAUAAUGUCCCACACAACUCAGGGGUAUUCCCCUUCCUGAAUGACUUGCCAGACACGCUAUCUGGUAAUAUAAUGUUGUGCAUCAAUUGAAACUCCUGUUUCAAGAGAGUUUACAAACACAAGAUAAACAACAAAAUUUUAUAUAAUAUUUUACUGAAGAUAAGCAUCUAAUGCUGAUGACGUCACAAUCUUACGUUCCUAGGGGGGGGGGGGGGGGUGUUGGGGUGGGUUAUAAUGGUUAAUAAAUGGAUGGUCUAAAGGACAAAGGGAAGUUAUAGUUAUUCAAAAGUUUCUAAAUAGUGGUAGUGAAGAAAGAUUACUGUAAAUGGGAAACAUCAGAUACAUGAGACCAUGGUGGGAUGGCCUAUCAGUGACGCAACACAGGCCUUUAAUGAGUCCGCAAGGUGCAUUCUGGUCUAGCUUGGGUACAGGUUAAGUAACUAUGUUUCACAUCGGUAGUCCCGUUUAGUUGAAAUUCACUAAUUGCGCACUUAACCUCUUCUCUCCAUCAGUGCUCCGUUUUAAAAUUAUUUAAGCUUAAGUUACACGGAUGCGAGAGAAAACAAAAAAGUGUGUAAGAUCACGGGCGGUGACACUACGGCCUCUUAAUUUGCGUUAACAGCGCACUGACAAACUGAUAAACUUUAGCUCGAUCUUGUAACAAAAAAAGAAAUGCGUACCCGAGCUAGACCAGAAUGCACAAUGACCACUAUCCCCAAAAAGGUCAUACUUAUCGAAUUUAUAUUAUUUCUAAAUUAUUUGUAUAUUCUUAUAUUCUUAUUCUCACCUAUGGUAGAUGCAUGCCCUACGAAGCCUAGUAUUUUUCAAAAAAAAAGAAAUGACGAACCACAUUUACUUACAAACACAUUAAAAUCAACCAGAGAACUAUUA